AUGUUACAAAGCGAAGCGAAAGUCAUCGGACUUAUUCUAACUUCAAUAACAUUUGCUCUUACAAUCUUUGCAAUGAUUAUAUCAUCAGCAGUGUUAAUAGCCCUUAUUUAUCAAUGGUAUCAUAAUCGUAUAAAACAAGAUGACAAAAUAGCAAUAUAUCUUUGUAUCCACAUCUAUUUAUGUAUGCUGUUAGUGGCAGCAAUUACACUAUCAAUGAAUAUGCGAACAUUGUUGGGUGAUUUAACUGGACAAUCAUUUGAUUCAUUAUGGUGUAUAUUUUCGGGAUAUCUUGUUUUAAUUCAUAUUUCGGCAAUGUACAUGGCAUUUGUAAAUCAAGCUUUUUAUCGGUUAAUCCGAAUUGUUUAUCCUCGAUAUCGAUGCUUUCAAAGUUUGAAAUUCUAUACUGCUCUUUUUAUAACAGAAUAUUUAUGUGCAAAUGGUAUUCAAUGUGCUAUUAUAGCUUGGGAUGGAGUUAUAUAUUUAAUUGAUGAUCAUUUUUGUUAUGUUUCCUUUACAAAUUUACGAGCAGUGAUAUGGGCAGGAUCUUUUGUUUAUUUAUUGCCAUGUUUAUUUACAACGAUGGUUUAUUCACGAAUAACAAUAUUUCUUCGAAACCAAACAAAUACUCUAAUAUUAGCGAUUAGACAAAGACAAGGUCGAGAUUUUUCGAUUGUUCGACGGAUUCUAAUGAUGAUUAUUUUCUUAAUUGCUCUCGGUAUUCCAGCGAUGUUCUUCAUCCUAAGAUUUGUGAUAACAGGUAAUUAUUAUCCGCUGACAGCUCGUAUUAUCUGGUUGUCAGUUGCAACGUCAACAGCAGGAUUAAACGUUGCAUCAGUAUAUUGUAUUCCUCAAGUGAAAAGUACUAUAAGAAAAGUGUUUCAACAACAUCGGGUAAUUGUAGCUAAUGCUGCUAUUUAA